CGGGAUGAGGGGCAGGACCCUUUUUUUCUUUCCCAAAGUUGGAUUAGAGGAAACAAGUCACCAGGGGAGUAGGUAGUAACAGUCCUUUACCAUCGCUACUUAUUUAUCGCUCUGGGACUUCAUUAAACGGUAAAAUGUUCAAGUGCGUGCCGGAGAUGUUGACUUUGUCGCUCCUGGUGACGUUCGCCGCCUGCAACGCUCCUCCGGUACCGUUAGACGACAUCAUCAUUGAAAAGACUUUCGUGCCGGAGCAGUGCGUGCGCCCAGUCAAAGUCGGGGACUUCGUCAGGUAUCACUACAUUGGAAUGUUUCCGGACGGCAAAACGUUUGAUUCGAGCUAUGAUCGAGGGAGCACCUACAAUGUGUUUGUCGGCAAGAAGCAGCUGAUCGAAGGGAUGGACAAGGCUCUGGUGGGAAUGUGUGUCAACCAGAGAAGCCUGGUCAAGAUCCCUCCUCAACUUGCCUAUGGGAAACGAGGAUAUGGUGACAUCAUCCCUCCUGACUCCAUCCUCCACUUUGAUGUCCUGCUGCUGGAUGUGUGGAACCCAGAGGAUGGCGUCCAAAUCAACUCCUACCACAAGCCUUCCACCUGCUCCAGAAAGGUGGAGGUCUCGGACUUUGUCCGCUAUCACUAUAACGGCACCCUGCUGGACGGGACGCUCUUUGAUUCCAGCCACACCCGCAUGAGGACCUACGACACUUACGUUGGGAUCGGCUGGCUGAUCGCUGGCAUGGAUCAGGGGCUUCUGGGAAUGUGCGUCGGAGAGAGACGCAUCAUCACGAUGCCGCCAUCGCUUGGCUACGGAGAGAACGGAGAUGGCAGUGACAUCCCAGGACAGGCGUCCCUGGUGUUUGACGUUGUGCUCUUGGACCUUCACAACCCAAGAGACGGAAUCGCCGUGACGAAUCAAGUCGUGCCCGAGUCUUGCACGAGGAAAACGGUUGCGGGAGACUUUGUGCGUUAUCACUACAACGGGAGCCUCCUGGAUGGCACGUUUUUUGAUUCCAGCUAUUCUCGUAAUCGUACGUACGACACAUAUGUGGGUCAGGGAUACGUGAUCCCCGGCAUGGACGAGGGUCUGAUCGGAGUGUGUGUGGGAGAGAGACGCACCAUCACCAUCCCACCACAUCUCGCUUAUGGCGAGGAGGGCACAGGCUCUAAGAUUCCCGGAUCAGCUGUCCUCGUAUUUGACAUCCACAUCGUCGACUUCCACAACCCGUCGGACCGCACAGAGGUCACUAUCACGCUAAAGCCGGACGAGUGUGAAAAGCAAAGCAAGAAGGGCGACUUCGUCAAAUACCACUACAACGCCUCGCUGAUGGAUGGGUCUCCUGUUGACUCCACACACAAUUAUGGAAAGACAUAUAACAUCGUCCUGGGAGCCAACCAGGUCGUCCCGGGGAUGGAGGACGGGCUGAUGGACAUGUGUGUGGGAGAAAAACGACACCUGGUUAUUCCCCCUCACCUGGCCUACGGGGAGAGGGGAGUCCUCGAUGAAGUUCCAGGAAGUGCUGUGAUGGUGUUUGACAUUGAGUUGGUUGAUAUGGAAGAAGGACUUCCUGAGGGAUACAUGUUCAUCUGGAAGGAUGAGGUAACGCCAGAUCUCUUCUCAGAGAUGGACAAAGAUAAAAACGAGCAGGUGGAGCCUUCUGAGUUUACCGACUACAUCAUGCAGCAGGUGAACGACGGGAAGGGCCGCCUGGCUCCCGGCUUCGAUCCCUACCGCAUCAUCGACAACAUGUUCUCCAACCAGGACCGCAAUGGAGACGGAAAGAUCACAGAGGCGGAGUUCAAGCUGAAAGCAGACGAGUCUGUGUCCCACGACGAGCUAUGACGGGACUGAGCGGAGGACAGAUUAUGGUGAAGGGUGAAGGGUCUGACGGUGGAGAACAUAAAUAUGUGGGUGGUAGAGUAGCAGGUGGGACGACGUGUGUGGGAUAAAGAUUUAGUUUUUUUCAUUUUGAGGACUGAUGUGAUAAGCAUGUCCGAACAAACAAAAGAGCAGGAUUUUGGAGAGAAUAGAAGCUUAUAUUAAAAACAAACUUCUAAUUUGAGGACUGUAAUGACAGCGAAUGAUGCUUUUUUUUUACCUCCUUGUCAUCAGGUUCUUGUUUUAUGUGACGUGUAUUUUAUUUUGAAGGGUAAUAAAAGCACUCCUGUGUGAGAGAACAAACAAACACCUGUAUCCUCUCUCACACAUUCGACUUUGUACACGUUAAAUGUGGUCAUCUUGAGUUAAAUGUUAUAUCUGCUGAUGAUUUCAAGGAUUAAUGAGUUGACUCGCUCCUGAUAUGCUAUUUUAGGUUGUUUACAAAACAAAACAAGUUGUUUGCCUCGGCUCACGGUUCAAAAUGGCGGGCUUGACCCCUGGCUCCUCCUGACGGACACCCUUACUCUGUGGGGAGACAACCUGUCGACCUAGGUCCCCAUCACUGGUUAAACUGUAAUUGCUGUAGGAAGACUCGUGCUGCAAACCAUACGGACUCGUCAGUUAUACCCUUCGCCUCACGGCGGAGGUGAAUCGGCAAGCGCCGUCAGAGAUCGGUGCUCGGCCACCGGCUCUCUCGGGACUCACUCGUCAGGUUUCUUUAGUACAGGCGAUGUGCUCUGAAGGAGAUCUCUCCAGGAACUCUCUUCUCUAACAAUUCAUUUUCUAUUUAUAGUUAGCUUCUCCCCAGGGGGAGUUUUUCAGAGUCAGUUUUGGGCCUCAUGUCAUGAGUUAGAGGCAGCUUCUUGAUCAGUUUCCUGUGUCGGCAGCGCCCCUCGCCUCUGCGAGCUGACUGCUCAGAAUAUCAUCUUAUUUUUCCUUUAAACAUGAGGGCGGUUCAGCCGCUGAGCUUGUGGCUGGAACUUUGACACCUUGGUGCUGGUUCGGUGGUUUGUCCAUUAAUGUCUUCACACCUCUGCUCACGUCUGUUGGUUUUUCAUUUUAUAAUUCACAGAAGCCAAGUCUGGUAAUGUUUCACCUCUGAUUGUAGAAACCCAGUCAGCGGUUUCCCCAAAGAGAGAGACACAGGUCAGCCCCGGGUUUCAUCGUAAUCUCAACACACAGGACACUGGAUGGUCUGAUGUCCUUUAAAAUCCUUCUGUUGCUCGUUUUUGUCACCAAAUCUCAGACAGAGGACCACAUUUUGUAUAUGUUUGUGUAUUCUGUUGUGUGUGUUUUUGUAAAUGAGACAUGUAUGUAUGUGGAUGUUUUGUUAAUGCAAAAAAGGCCGAUUCUUGUUGGUGACUACGUCAGCUCACAAAAUCUCCAAUUAAAUGACCUGACCUAAACA